AUGAACCUUCUUGAUCUACCCACUGAGGUGCUCGCCAUGAUAGCAGGCGCCCUCCAGAACGCGAAGGACAUCAACAGCCUCGCACGGACAAGCCGCGCUCUCUACUCUUGUAUCAACUACGUCCUCUACAAGUCCGAUGUGCAGAAUGAAAGCGGAAAAGCUCUGAUCUGGGCUGCACGACGCAACAAGCCGGCGACCGCCAGGAUGUCCCUCCAGGCAGGCGUUAAAACACUGAAACAAUGGCAUCGGACGCCUCUAGUCUUCGCGUUAAAGCGCGGCCACGAAGCCAUGAUGCGACUGUUACUGGACGAAGGUGUUGAUCCGGACGAGAUUCUUUUUGAAGGCUCUCGAAUGGAAACUACUGCUUUAUACAUGGCGGCUAGCAGUGGCUAUGACGCUAUUGUCAAGCUCUUGAUCGACAAGGGUGCGAGCGUUAAUCUCAAGAAGGCUCCUGGACACCCUUUGGUAAUCGCUGCAUCCAACAACAGGAAAACCGUGGUCAGACUUCUACUUGAGAAUGGUGCAGAUCCUAACGCCACCCGGCGAUAUGAUAAUACAACGGCUCUUAACAUUGCAGUGAUGAGGGGGAAUAGUGAGAUUGUAAGCAUGCUACUACACAAGGGUGCGCAUACAGAAAUGGGCGAUGACCACGGAACUACACCACUUCAUGCAGCGAUAAAGAAAAAUCACUGCAAAAUCACCCAGCUAUUACUAGAAGGAGGAGCGGAUGUGGGAGCCCGCGACAGUUCUGGAUGCACUCCGUUGGACUCAGCCAUGACAUACGGCUCUCAGCGAUCGCUGUCUCUGUUCCUGAAGCAUGUGGAACUAAACGCUCAGAAUUGCUGGCGUCUGCAUACUGCCAUAACUAUGAACAAGACUGCUGCUGUCCGGUUGCUUCUCGCUCAUGGUGCGGACAUCAACCGCAAAGAUUCAGAGGGCCAGACCCCUUUGCUCUAUGCUAUGCUCCAGGGAUAUGAUCAUCUCGUCGAACUUUUGUUGCUUUACGAUGUCGACCCAGACGCCGAAAGACACGACGGACUCAGUCCGUUAAAGUUAGCAAAUGAAAUAAACAGGGAAGACUGGGCGCAAAAACUAAGAGAAAAGCGUGAUGAACGCAAGUCCUCGCGCUCAUAG